AUGCUGCGUCGGAACACGCGGCUCCGUCGGGAGUACCUCUACCGGAAGAGCCUCGAGGGGAAGGAGCGUCAGCACUACGAGAAGAAGCGCCGCGUCCGGGAGGCGCUCGAGGAGGGCAAGCCUAUCCCCACCGAGCUUCGCAACGAGGAGCUCGCCCUCCGCCGCGAGAUCGACCUCGACGACCAAGACCGGGCAGUGCCGAGGAGUAUCAUAGAUGACGAGUACGCCGGCGCCACGCUGCGCGAGCCCAAGAUUCUCUUGACCACAUCUCGUAACCCGAGUGCGCCCCUGACUCAGUUUGUUAAGGAGCUGAAAGUUGUAUUUCCGAACUCACAGAGGAUGAACCGUGGUGGUCAGGUGAUAUCAGAAAUUGUUGAGUCCUGCCGAUCACACGAGAUAACUGAUCUUAUUUUGGUGCAUGAGCAUCGUGGUCAGCCUGAUGGUUUGAUUGUGUGUCAUCUACCAUUAGGUCCAACUGCAUACUUUGGGUUACUCAAUGUGGUAACACGGCAUGAUAUCAAAGAUAGGAAGGCCAUGGGCAAAAUGUCAGAAGCUUACCCUCAUUUGAUACUGGACAAUUUCACAACCAAGACUGGUGAAAGGACUGCCAAUAUAAUGAAGCAUCUCUUUCCUGUGCCGAAGCCGGAGUCAAAGCGUCUAAUCACUUUUGCCAAUAGAGAUGACUAUAUCUCUUUCAGGCAUCACAUCUAUGAAAAACAUGGUGGCCCCAAAUCCAUUGACCUGAAGGAGGUUGGGCCCCGUUUUGAGUUGCGACUCUAUCAGAUCAAACGAGGAACUGUGGACCAAAGCGAAGCACAGAACGAGUUUGUGCUACGGCCAUACAUGAAUACCGCGAAGAAGCAGAAUUCGCUUGGGGUUUGA